AUGACUAAUCUGCAUAUUCCAUUAUUUGCAGAUGCCAACGACAUCUCAUUGGAAGUCAGCCCUAAUAAAACACUCUUCAUCUUCGAAAAUCUCGAAGACUCCAAAAUCAUUACUUGCACCACGAAAAAUAAACUGGAAAAAAAGUACAGAUUUUUUCAGCCUCAAUGGGAGGAAUCAAUGAUUGACUUUGUUAAGUCGAAGGCCAGCAUCAGGGAGGCCAACCUGAAGAUAUCGUCGAAGCUAUUGGAUGGGCAGUUUUGCUAUCGAUGUGUAAUACCCAAGCUGCAGGAGGCGUCUCCCUUUAAGCGUCACUGCUUUACAGUUGUGUUCAAGAAAAGGCUUCAAGUUGCUCUGGUUCCCAGCAGAGAGGGCAACAUAUACCCGAUCGAAAACACAACGAAUGUUUCCUGCAUAGUCCGUUACGAUAACACGAGUGCGGACAGGAUACCGCCGAAAUUAAAGUGUGCUCUGAAGGACAAAGGAGAAGUUUUCUCUAAAAUACAGGGUUAUACAGUCAAUGGCAGUAUCCUAGUUAAUUCCAAUGCAGAACGAGUAAAGGCGGAAAUUGAUGCGGAAAUCAUGGAGGAUGGCGGGGCAUCCAGUGGACUCUCCACGAGAAAAGUUAAAAUAUGGUUUGCAAGAGAAGAGGAUCUCGAAAUUGAUUUUCCUGGAGCCCAUGGUGCCUAUGCGAAAGCUUCAACAUUUACUCAGUUGUGUACGUUUAAAUGGGCAGAGCUGGGCGAGGCCUUUAAGCAGAACUUUACGUGGAAGGCAUUCGGAAAAAAUCAGACUGUGAACAAUCAACGGGCGCCCAUUCUACUCGUUCGAAAUGAAACGGAGUUAAACAAGUCCUACUUCUGUCAAUUCUCUGGUCUUAACAAAUCGAAGGCCUUGAAGUACAAGAUUAUUGACUUGGACAAGUUGAAAUUUAGUACGAAGGCAAAGCAUAUCUACAGAACCGGUGAUAAGAACCACACUAUAACCUGUGAAGUCGAGCCACCGGAAGCAGAACUGCUACCCAACUUUUCCUACGGAUGGCAAGUAAGACACGUAUCUAAAACCCUCGACGUGCAAGACUACAACGAUGGCGCACACCACAUGGUUUGUAGUUCGCCAGCUUCCAAGGUUGCCAAACUUAAGUGGGCCUUCUAUGUAGUGAGUAAGUUGAAAGGAUGA